GCCAAAACCCAGAGCGCCUUCGGAACGCUGACUCUUUUUGUCUCUGCAGUUUGUGGAGGAAACAAUCAAAAGGGCAUGGCCGAAGAAGUGCUUAUCGAAGUCGAAGCUGUUCAAGCUGUUUACGGGGACGAUUGUCUCGUUCUCGAUAAAUACCCUCCUCACCUUCAUGUCCACAUCAAGCCCCGAACCGCCGAUGUCUCAUCUCAGCAGUUUGUGGAAGCGGUGAUAGGUAUACGAGCAGUUUCUGAGUAUCCUGAUGAACCACCUCAUAUAAGUAUCAUUGAUUCCAAGGGUCUUGAUGAACAAAGGCAAAAGCAUCUGGUAACUGGUAUUCACAACAGGGCUUGUGAACUGUCCUCUUGUGCAAUGCUUGUUGCGCUUUGUGAGGAAGCAGUGGAGAGGCUCUCUAGUAUGAAUCACCCUGAUGGAAAUUGUCCAUUGUGUUUAUAUCCUUUGGUUGAAGAGGAUGCUGACAAUAAAUUGCCAUUUAUGAAGCUGAUGUCUUGUUUCCAUUGUUUUCAUUGUGAGUGCAUCAUCAGGUGGUGGAAUUGGCUCCAGACGCUAAAGGAAACUGACUCUACCAAUAUAUCUGGUGCUACCCUACAUGUCUCUGGAGAGAUGGAAAAUCAAAAAGGCAUGCAUGGUGCGACACAAGAAAGUGUGGGAACAUGCCCAGUUUGUCGAAAGGUUUUUCAUGCGAAGGAUAUAGACCAUGUGCUUGCCUUGGUUGGGACUCAUUCUCAGUUGAGGUCGGAAGAAAGUGAUGUCAGUGACGACAAGAGGCUCCUUCAGUCUGAUUCGGAAAAUAUCAGAAGACUGAAAUUUGAGGCCACAUUGAAACUACAGCAGGAGAACAGUGGUUUAAUUGAACCCAAAAAAAAUGAGGUGUUACUGCCGGGUACGUUCCUUCCGCAACCAAUCACACAUCCCUCAACUGUUUCAGACAAAGAAACCACUGAGCAGCAACACGCAGAUCAAGUGAUUAAUGCUGAAACAAGUUCAGGUAGUCCUUCAGAUAGGCCAAGCAGCAGUAAGCACAGGUACUCAGGCAUGAGGAAGCACCAGGGACGAAAUUCAAGAGAACAAGUCAAACAGUGGAUUAGAAAAGAGAACGAUAGUACAAACUAACAUUGUUAAAAUAUUUUUAU